GGUGAGAAUCACGUGCCAGUAACAGAACGUAAACAAGAUGGAGAGAGUAGCAUCCCUGCUGCUGGCGGUCCUGCUAAUAUCAGCUGUUAAAUGCAGCAUACUAGACAAUGAGAUUGAGCAAUUUAUUAAAGGUGCUACAACAGGAAAACACUGGGCUUUAAUCGUAGCAGGAUCUAGUGGUUGGUUUAACUACAGACACCAGGCAGAUGUUUGCCAUGCUUACCAUGUUCUCCACAGCCAUGGAAUUCCAGAUGAGAGAAUUGUUGUCAUGAUGUACGAUGAUAUCGCUCAAAAUAGAAGAAAUCCCACCCCAGGCAAAAUUAUCAACAGACCAAAUGGUCCAGAUGUGUACAAAGGGGUGCCCAAGGACUAUGUAGGAAAGACAGUGACUCCAGAAAACUUCCUGAGUGUAUUGCAAGGUAACAAGAAGGCUCUUGGCAAUUUGGGCAGUGGGAAGGUGAUUAACAGUGGGCCCAAUGACCACAUAUUUGUCAACUUUGUGGACCAUGGUGGACCAGGGGUGCUGGCUUUUCCUCGUGGGGAGCUUCAUGCCAAGGCUUUGAACAAAGCUUUGAAUGACAUGUAUGAUAAAAAGAAAUUUGCAAAGAUGGUGCUGUACAUAGAAGCUUGUGAAUCUGGCUCAAUGGUGGCUAACCUCCUGCCGAAGAAUAUUAAUGUGUAUGCAACUACUGCUUCCAACCCCAAGGAAUCCUCCUAUGCCUGUUUUUAUGACAAGGAAAGAGAAACAUACUUGGGGGAUGUCUACAGUGUCAAAUGGAUGGAAGAUUCUGAUAAAGAAAAUCUCCAAAAAGAAACCCUUAAGAAGCAGUUUCGUAUUGUGAAAGAAGAAACAAACACAAGUCAUGUUAUGGAAUACGGAGAUCUGUCUAUAGCAGAAUCCACUGUGGCAGAGUUCCAGGGAGGCAAGGCAACGCCACCUAAGGAGUAUCCCCCAGUCCCUCUGGAUGCAGUGCCUUCCCCAGACGUCCCCAUGGCUAUUCUGUACCACAGACUGGAGGCUGCCAAAACUGAGGAACAGAGAGAAGAAAUUAGACAAGAGAUGGAAAAAAUACAACUUAACAAGGACAAAGUGAUGAUAACUAUGAAACACAUAGCAGGCUAUGCAACUAAAGAUCAUGUUCAGGCGGCCAGAGUCCUGCAGUCACAACUUCCUUUAAUCAAGCAUGACUGCUACGAACCUGUAGCAAGACAUUUCCUCAGUGAAUGCUUCAGAGUCAGUGAGAAUGAAUAUGCCCUACGCCACCUUUAUGUCCUAGUAAACCUUUGCCAGGAAAAUGUACCACAAGAAACUAUCAUAAGUGCCAUGGAGAAAGCAUGCAAGAAGGUGGAGUUACCAGAUCUUCAUGCUUUUCAUUUAAUUGGAUUUUUUGUCUCUAUAUUAAAUUUUGAGUAUUUUAUAAUAUGUGCAUUUUUAAUCAACUUCAUAUUAGUUUCACUUAUGGCUAUGUUUUUAUCCAAAGGUCUGAUAGUUUUAUGGCAAAUCCCCAGAUAGUAUACCACAAUUUUAAAUCGCAUUUAUUGUUCAAACAUUAUUACUCAUUGCAUUUUUAGACACAGAGCAGUUUAGUUAAUUCCUUCAUUAACAGUUUUAUUAGUGAGCUGAAUAAAAGCAACAAUGUGACUCAUUUUUUAGUGAUUUUACAAUGGCCUUUAAGAUGCAUACAGUGCACUGCAGUAUAUUGAGCACAUGCAUUUAUCAGGAUCUGAUAUUAGAAAUCCAGUAGUUUUUAAGACAUCAAUUUGUACAGCUCUUUGCUCCGUAAUCAUUCCAUUGUUCCAAGACCAGAUCUGACCCUUCUGUGGUUUAACAAAAGUGUUCCAUAAAGAUUCGCUGUACAUCCUAGUGAUUGUUUUUUUUUUUUUUUUUUUUUUUUUUUUUUUUUUUUUUUUUGUGAAAGAGGGGGGAGGGUAUUUAAUUUGGCUGUUUAUUACAGACAUUUAUUUCCCACUAAUUAAUUUUAACAUUAUAUUCCAGAGUUAGAUCUGAAACAAUUUAACACCAGUGUUCUGUCAUAAAUUUCUGGAUGUGUAAGAAUUUUUUAAAAUUUUAUUUUGUAAUCAAGUUUGAUUCAUUGUGUCAUCAUGUUUAUAUCAAGUGAAAUAGUUUUUCAUGUUAACAGGACUUUGUCAUUCCUCAUGUCAUACCCGAGAAUACUAAAAACAGAAGUAUACUGUGCAUGACUAAAUUUGAUGGCUGUGAUUAAAAUUUAGGCAAUUUUACUAUUUAUAUAUGGAUGGUUACUAAUUAGAUGGAAAUAAAUAAUUUAUAAUAGGUAAUUUCAUCUUUUCUGUUUCAAUUGUGAAUGCAGACAUCCCAUUUCAACUCCUGCAGCAAAGACAGAUAUUUUAGUUUUUGCACUCCCUAAAAACUUAACUAUGUAUUAACAGCAUGUAUCUGCCAUCUCCAGUUUCCGCAAACAAAUACUACUACAAAUGUGCCUUUCACAAUUUGAGAUUAAACACUGACGAUAAUGAGGGAAGCUCCUUUAAAUCUCUUAAAACUCUAGGCAUUAAGUGUGAAAGUUUAGUGAAAGGAAUAAGUCUCAAAGUAACUUCAAAUAAAGUUUUGUGAGAGUAAAAGUAAAUGGACAAACUCAUUUUUCACAUUUUAAAAACAAGAUAUAAUUUUGUGGCAAACACUUUGCAGCCACCAUUAUAAUAUAGAAAAACAUUACAUAUAUGUAGACAUGUUCACUUUCAGGUGAAUUGAUAUCUGGUGCAUAUAAAGUUCUGGUAACACAUUAAUCAUUUAUGUACAAACCUGCACUCAACAAACCAUCAAUUUUACAUUUUCUAACCUAUGAAAUAUUUUUUGUCAGUUUGCCAAUAACCAGCUGCUGUCAUAAAAUGUGUUGUUCCCCUGCCAUAUUUAGAAAAGGUGUCUAUUGUACCCUUGUUAAAAUCAAACAAGCUGGCAAACAGCAUUAAAUAAUAGGAAAGCUGCUUCAAUUAUGACAAACUCCAGUCACAAUUACCCCAGUGACAGUAAAUAUUUACAACAUUUUAUACAAUUCUAAGUUUUAGUUUGAAGAUGACCCCCCUUGCCCUAUUAUUGGCAGGUAACUGACAAAUGCUCACAGACUUUAAAAUAAAUAGGUUACGAUAUAUGAUUACAAUCUAAACUUCACAGUCUGUUUUAUACUCCAAAGCCUGCUAUACAGAAGUCUCUUGAAUGGUCAAGAUAACCAGCAGAAAAAGGCAUCACCUAUCACAAUGUCAAACCAUUUGACUAUGUACACUACAGUCUAUUCCUGAUACUACACCAGAGGGCUGCUGGCAAUAUAAAUACUAAAAUUGUCAGAGGUUGUGAAACACAC